AUGGGACCACAGAAUCUAACAGGUGUCUCUGAAUUCCUACUCCUGGGACUCUCAGAAGAUCCAGAGCUACAGCCCCUCCUCUUUGGAAUGUUCCUGUCUAUGUACAUGGUCACAGUGCUUGGAAACCUGCUCAUCAUCCUUACCAUCAGUUCUGACACACAACUCCACACUCCUAUGUAUUUCUUCAUCUCGAUCCUAUCCAUGUCUGACAUUGGUUUGACUUCAGACACAAUCCCAAAGAUGCUUAUGAAUAUACGCACACACCACAGAAUCAUCUCUUAUGCUGACUGCUUGACUCAGUUAUAUUUCCUAACUUUUUUUGGAAGUAUGGACAAUCUACUUUUGACGGUGAUGGCCUAUGACAGAUUUGUGGCCAUCUGUCACCCACUUCACUAUCCAGUUAUCAUGAACCCCUACCUCUGUGGCUUGCUGGUUUUGGUGUCUUUUUUUCUCAGUAUUUUGGAAUCCCAACUGCACUACUUGAUGAUGUCACUAUUUACCUUCUGCACAAAAAUGGAAAUUCCUCAUUUCUUCUGUGACCCUUCACAACUCUUCAACCUCGCCUGCUCUAAGACAACCACUAAAAACAUACUAGCUUAUUUAAUGGGUGCCAUAUUUGGUGGUAUUCCAGUCUCAGGUAUCCUAGUCUCCUACAUUCGAAUUAUUUCCUCCAUUCUGAAAAUCCCAUCAUCAGGCGGGAAGUAUAAAACAUUUUCCACCUGUGGCUCUCAUCUGUCAGUCAUUUCCUUAUUUUAUGGAACAGGUAUUGGAGUGUACCUGAGUUCAGCUGUCUCAACCUCUGUCAAGAGUGGUGCAGUGCCCUCAGUGAUGUACUCCGUGGUCACCCCCAUGCUGAAUCCCUUCAUUUACAGUCUGAGAAACAAGGAUAUCAAGAGGGCCCUGCAGAGGCUCAUCAACAGACCAGCAUAA